CCCCUGCUUGCCUGCCUCUGCCCGGGUGCUGCUUCAGAGGUUCCCUGAUCCAUGAGCCCUCGGAUUGAAAUGGGACUUGAUGGCGUGGAAAUUUUCUCUGACUCUUCAGGGAGUCACCGUGUGCUGCAGAAGGCUCACACCCGGGUGGAUUUGGUGAAUUCUGCCAGAGCAAAGACUGAUGGAAUAUAUAUUUUAGCUAACCAGAAUGGCUGUGGUGGUGAUUGUGUGUAUUAUGAUGGCUGGGCCGUGAUUCCAGUAAAUGGAGAAACAGUUGUACGAGGAUCCCAGUUUUCACACCAUGAUGUGGAGGUGCUGGUUGCCACUCUGGACUUGGAGGAUGUUUGAAGGUACAAAGCAGAGAUUUCAUCUCAUAACUUAACGGCAAGUAAAGUGAGUCCUUAUCCCAGGGUAAAAGUGAAUUUUGCUCUGUGGUGUUCUGGUGAUGCAGCUGUACCUUCGUGUAUGCCAGUGCAGUGGAGACAUCUUAGUCCUGAAGAGGAAAUCCUUGGUCCUGCCUGUUGGCUCUGGGACUGCUUAAGGUGCAGCAAACAGAUGUGGACGUGCUGGCUGAUGCACACGAGAGUGUGGAAACGAUGA